CGCCACGGAAAUUUCGGUGUACCGAGGAGAGAAAACGUGAGAUAAGGUGAGAUAAGAUGAGAACCGAUAUCGUGUCGGUGAUGAUUUUUCGUCGACAGAUGCAUCAUCAUUGCGCACUAUUGGAGCGAUCUUGAGGUGGUUGAAUGUGCAGCGACGCGAAGGAUAACGAUUCCGGACAGACUGUACUUUUACGCCGGCAGAACUGCUGAUUCGCUAUUUGUCGAAUGCUCUAAUGAAGUCAUCACUCAACGGAGAACAUGAAGACCGAUUAUUUAUCGAUAAUCGCUAGGCUCUGUACAUUAUUGACAUUGUUUGGACCACUGACGGAUGUUCAUUCACUCGAUAUACGAUCAUGCAACCAGUCCUUGGGGAUGGAAUCAGGUGACAUACCGGAUUCAGCAAUUACUGCGUCCUCGUCGUAUGUGACGAACGUCGGGCCGCGAAAUGGCCGACUCAGGAAGGAGACUGCUGGCGGUGCUUGGUGUCCGAAAAGUCAAAUAGAGAAAGGGGUUCGUGAGUGGCUUCAAGUUGACCUACAGAGUACUCAUGUCGUUACUGGUGUGCAGACACAGGGCCGUUACGAUCACGGCCGCGGUCAGGAAUACGUCGAGGAUUACACUGUAGAAUAUCGACGUCCUGGUUUCACUCGAUGGCGCCGAUAUAAGCGUUGGGACAACAACGAGGUUUUAGCCGGCAACAGCGACACCUCCACCAUUGUGUCGCAUAAUUUGAUUCCACCUAUUUUCGCCAGUCAAAUUCGGAUCUUACCGCACUCGGAACAUCGACGUACAGUUUGUCUUCGCAUCGAGCUCAAAGGAUGUCGAGAUAUGAGCGGUGUCAUGAGCUACACUAUACCAGAUGCUUCCCUGCCGGAGUUUAGUGACAUCUCAUACGACGGUAAGAGGCAGGACAACUUGUUGACCGAUGGUUUAGGUUGUCUAAUCGAUGGUGAGGUCGGCGAGGAUAAUUACAGACUGGACAUGGGAAAUGGAAAAGGCACAGGUUGGGUUGCUUGGCUUCGUGACACUUUUCAAGAGAAGUUUGUGGAGCUCAUCUUCGAGUUUGAAGCCAUGAUGAUUUUCGAAGCGGUACACAUCUAUACCAACAAUUAUUUCUCGCGAGACGUUCAGGUAUUUUCGAAGGCGGUGAUAUGGUUCAGUAUCGAUGGCGAAACUUAUGAAGAGGAGUUUUUGCCUUAUUCUUAUAUACCGGACGUCGUGCUAGAAAACGCUCGAAACGUUUCAAUCGGUCUACACGGACGGGAAGGAAGACUCAUCAAAUUGCAUCUGUAUUUCGCCGCGCGAUGGAUCAUAAUCAGCGAAGUGACAUUCGACGCAACAAAUCCCUACGAAAACACUACGGAAGAAGCAGCGUCCGAGUUUAGCAACCGGGAGAUUCCAGUCAACCCCGAAGUAGAUCUCAACUUACAAACGAUUACAGCACCAGGAGACAGCCAAGAAUAUCUGGAAGUACUGAUAGGUGUGCUUACAGCCAUUAUAUUGCUGCUCCUGCUGGUCUUCUUCAUCAUUCUAUUUUUAAAUCGGCGACAAAAGCUGCAGAGUUCUCCGACGGUGUUAAAAAAUCCAUUUGGCUUCGCCAUAAAUAUGAAGGGUCUCCUCUUGAAUUUAACACCCGGUGGGAUGCUGGCAGCAGAAACUGCCAAUCAUGUUUCACCUGACAUACCGGAGGACGUCAGUAUGCAUGAGUCACUCACGAUGGAACAAUUUAACUCGCCGCUCGUCAGUCCCCAAUACAAAUCCACAUACGCUAUUGUAGCUAAUUCCGAAUCCCCAAAGGAUUUCAAAAACAUAGAAAUUUCGGAAGAAAAUGUACGGCUGGACGCAAGACCGGAAUCCACAGUCGGUCCAUCCAGCUGUUCCUCGUCACCGACUAACUCGCCGGCUCGUCACUCCCAACAUUACAGAACCCUUCAAAGUUAUAGCAGUCCAACUAGGAAACUCAAUAUCGCGGUUACGCCCAAUCACCAAAGGGACGUCGAUCAGGUUCACUCGAAACGCUGGCAUACAGCGCCAAAGGAGAAGCACAAGAUACCGGCACCUGUCGUAAGUUGGAACAUCGCACCCAGUAUGAACAAACCGUACAAGUGCAAGGAAAUAGAGCCAACCAAUAUACCACAUCAGUGCCUACGAACGACAGAGAAACUUGGCUCGAGAACCAUAGGAGAGGCUAUAGUAUGCGAAGCUGUUGGUCUAGAUGAAAUCAUAUCUGGCGCUCCCAAAUUAGUCGUUGCUCGUGUACCCCUGUGUACCAGCGACAUUCGAACUAACAACGCAGUAGACCAGAUGAGAGAAGUGCAAUUUCUAUCAUGUUUAUCUGACCCAAAUGUGGCACGUAUCUUAGGAAUCUGCACUGUCGAGCCAGUGCCGUGGACAAUCAUAGAGUACACGGAACUCGGUGACCUUGCUCAUUAUCUUCAAUACAGUGUACCUCUGACGGGAACGCUCAGGCCAAAUUGCAAUCUAAAAGCUCUUAGUCAAAGUUGUCUGCUGUAUAUGGGAACACAAAUAGCAUCGGGAAUGAGAUUCCUUGAAUCGAAGAAUUUGGUGCACAAGGACUUGGCGGCCAGAAAUUGUCUGGUAGGCCGUUCUUACACCGUGAAAGUGACUGAUAUAGCUAUGUGCAGCGAUCUUUACAAGAAAGAUUACAGCGAUAUAGGAGGUAGACCACCCGCACCGAUAAGAUGGUUACCGUGGGAAAGUAUUUUAUUGGAUAGGUAUACAUGUUCGAGUAGCAUAUGGUCAUUUGCCGUAACACUAUGGGAGGUAAUGAGUCUGGCUAGAGAAAAACCUUUUCAACAUUUGUCAAAUGAUCAAGUUAUUCAGAACGCUGAGCAUAUGUAUUACGGAGCGGAGCUACAAGUACUUUUACCAAAACCAACAAUGUGUCCGGAGGAGGUCUAUCGGAUGAUGUGCUCAUGUUGGAGAAGAGAUGAGACAUCGCGACCAACCUUCAAGGAUAUCUACACGUUCCUGAAGAAUAUAAUAGCGGACUAUCGACCUGGUGCAUAAAUAAUCUUGGUUAACUGUGAUACAAAAUCAACAGCUAAUCUCCCGGAAUGUGAACGACAUCGUCGGAAAUAUUUCGAGUAGGACAAAGCAUUACAUGAGAUCGUACUCGCUGGGCAUGACGCCUUGCGUGAAAUCAGAUUCUCCAGAAAUGUACAAUCGUUAGUUUUAGAUAUACGUAUGUAUCGGAGACACUAGAUCUUGUGUCUCCUUCCUUGCGCAGAAAACUCGACAAAUGAAAAAUCGCACGCCGAGUACAAAGCUCAGCAGUGAUCGAAAAUGAUCUCCUGCGGACUCUAUUGCGCGUAAUUUGUUAGCCGGACAAGCAAUAGCGAUAAUGGAGCGAAUGCCAAACGAGCACAAGGAGAGAUGUAUAAUUGACGUAUAAGUGUUUAGUUUGUUUUCUUCAGAUAAUC